AUGACCCUUUUCCAACGACUUGCCAAUAAAGAAUUCAAUGAUGAAAAUACAAGAAUUAUCGAAAGGCUUUGUGAAUUAGCCAGAACAACAGUCGAUGGCGCUAUAAGUCAAAUGUUUCUCUAUUUACCCGAUCUAUUUCGUGUUCGUCAAGAAGAAUUUUUUGCUACAUUCAAUGAUAUUAAUCAUCGAGCUGAACGAGAUGCCUAUCAAGCUGGUCAUAUACAUCCUAGAUAUACAUGGCCAGUAUCAUUUCCUACUUGUACAUCUAAUCUACGACAAUUUGUCAAUCAAUGGAUUGAAAAAGAAUUUUCCAAUAAAAUAGCAACCAAAUGUCUUAUUUUGAUUGGACCAGCUAAUACAGGAAAGACAACGUUUGCUCGAGCGUUACCAGGUUUUUAUAAUUAUUAUGAUGAUGCAUGGAAUCCUGAUGCUUUCAAUCCAUAUGCACACUAUACUAUAUAUGAUAAUUUACCAUGGGAUGAAUUUGAAAAUAUCGGUUAUCCAGACAAGAAACAUCUAUUUUUUCAAGGUGGUCGAAUCCAUACAAUUAACAAUCGUGGCAAACCAACUAUUGUUGAAAUUUAUCAACCUGCUAUUGUACUUCUUAAUUAUGAAAAUCAAGGUUCAUUAGAAGAUAUAUCAAGCAAUGCCGAUCCCAUCGAUCAUAACAAUGAUAAUAACUUCUGGAAUCAACAUUCUUGUAUUUAUCGUAUGAAAGAUGAUGAAUCAUUUCAUACACCUUAA